AUGUUUGUUCAACGAAGCGUUUUCGCCCUCGCGAGGCGAGCUCCUCUCGGAGCUGUCGCCAAGCGCUCUUUCUCUACCUCGUUCGUUCGAUACGAAACAAAGUCGAAAUGGGAUCCUCAACCUGGUGAAUCUGCUGGAAAGAUGGUGUCCUUCGAAGAGGCCAAAACCCCAGCAGAUCUCUUAGCCCCCGGUGCUAAGGCUGGUACCGUCCCUACUGAUCUCGAGCAAUCUACCGGUUUGGAGCGAUUGGAACUCUUGGGUAAAAUGCAAGGAAUCGACAUUUUUGACCAGAAGCCUCUCGAUGCUUCAAGACUCGGAACUAUCCAGGACCCAAUUGUCGUCCAAUCUGCUGGAGAGGAACACUACGUCGGAUGCACUGGCUACCCUGCCGACUCCCACACCGUCAUCUGGCUAACUGUCUCCAAAGACCGCCCAAUCGAGCGCUGCUCAGAAUGCGGUAAUACCAUCAAGAUGGAGUAUGUUGGUCCAAAGGAAGAUCCUCACGCUCACGGAUUUCCUUUCCAUGAUAUCUUUGUAUCUGUACUAAAAGAAACGCUGAGGGAGACUAUGCCUUAA